AAGUGUAUUCCAGCAAUUAUCCCACGUGUUCCGAUCCGGCCGCCAAAAUUAUUACGCACAAUUCCCUGAGCGUGUACGGUGGCGGCGUCAUGUGCGCCUCCCCGUCCACGGCUCCCGGUUUCUUCAAUCCGCGGCCCCAGUCCGGCGCCGAGCUCUCGGCCUUCGAUCUGGGACUGUCCCGCUCGAUGGGGCUGGGCGUGCCGCCACAUACGGCUUGGCAUGACCCCAAUCUGGGCAGCCACCUGCAUGCCACAUCGGCGGGUCCGGGCGGUUCGCUGGCUGGCACCACCGGCACCAGCACCGGCGGCGGUGGCACCACACCAAGCAGCGUGGCCAGCCAACAGUCGGCGGUGAUCAAGCAGGAUCUGUCCGGCCUGUCCGCAUCCACGGCGAACCACAACCAAAGCUCCCAUCACGGCAUCAAGGAGGAUCUCUCCAGCCUGCCCAGCGCCAACGGAGGCUCCUCGUCGGGCCAUCAUUCCAGUGGCGUGCAGUCGGGCCAUGGCCCCGAUAUGCUGCCCAUCAUCAAGGGCCAGCCCGUCAGUUGUGGGGGAGGAAAUGGCGGCAGUGGUGGCGGCGGCGGCGGUGGCAGCACCACUCCCAGUUCCCAGGCCAACAGCUCACACUCGCAGAGCAGCAACAGUGGCUCCCAGAUCGACUCCAAGCAGAACAUCGAGUGCGUUGUCUGCGGCGACAAGAGCUCCGGCAAGCACUACGGACAAUUUACCUGUGAAGGCUGCAAAUCAUUCUUCAAACGCUCUGUGCGACGCAAUCUCACCUACUCGUGUCGCGGCAGUCGAAACUGUCCCAUAGAUCAGCAUCAUCGCAAUCAAUGUCAAUAUUGCCGAUUGAAAAAGUGUCUCAAAAUGGGCAUGAGGCGCGAAGCUGUUCAACGGGGACGCGUACCACCCACACAGCCUGGCCUCGCGGGCAUGCAUGGCCAGUACCAGAUCGCCAAUGGGGAUCCCAUGGGCAUUGCCGGCUUCAAUGGUCACUCGUACCUCAGUUCCUACAUCUCGCUGCUGCUGCGAGCGGAGCCAUAUCCCACGUCUCGAUACGGCCAGUGCAUGCAGCCGAACAACAUUAUGGGCAUCGACAACAUCUGCGAGCUGGCCGCGAGGCUGCUCUUCUCGGCCGUCGAGUGGGCCAAGAAUAUACCCUUCUUCCCCGAGCUGCAGGUCACCGACCAGGUGGCCCUGCUCCGCCUCGUCUGGUCGGAGCUGUUUGUGCUGAACGCCAGCCAGUGCUCGAUGCCACUGCAUGUGGCACCACUGCUGGCGGCAGCGGGUCUACACGCCUCUCCCAUGGCCGCGGAUCGGGUGGUGGCCUUCAUGGACCACAUACGCAUCUUCCAGGAGCAGGUGGAGAAGCUGAAGGCGCUGCAUGUGGACUCCGCCGAGUACUCCUGCCUCAAGGCGAUCGUUCUCUUCACCACCGGUAAGUUGCUGGACAUCCUCUACAAGGAUGUGCCCGCACUGCUAACGAAAGUUUCAGCACUGCUCGGAAAGCCGUCCAGCUCCACCAACGAUGAUAUCCUCAAUGUUGUGCGAGACCAUCUCGAUGAGCUGAAUCGCCAGGAGAUGGAGUCGCAGGCUCCCACCCAGGCGCCCAUCCAUUUGGCGGCUUUCAUGAAGAGUGUGGCCGGCGUGGAGGCUGCAGUGCAGCAGGCGGAGCAGCACCAACAGAAGCAGAGCAAACCCUCUCCCAUCUGCUCUUCUGCGGCUGUGGUGCCCUCCGCCGGCAGUGCCUUCAGCAGCUGCGCCAAGUCCACUGCCAGUAACUCCGAGAUGGAUCUCCUGGCCAGCCUCUAUGCCCAGGCGCAGGGUGCCACCUCGAGUGGGGACUCUUCCGGCCACAAUAACAGCAGCGGUCUGGGCGCCUCGCUUCCUACUCAAUCGCAAAGCGGUUCGUCCUCCCUCAACCUAACCGCCUCGCCGCUGAGUACUUCGCUGGCCCCCGUCCCUGCCCCAGUUGCAGCCCCCCUCUCCGUCUCCGUAUCGGCACCUUCCUCUCUUUCGAUCCCCACUUCGGCGUCUGCCACCACCACGGCAGCCUCUUCGCUGGGUGGAGCCUAUCAGACGUCGUCCGCUGCGGCGGCGGCUGCUGCCAUGUUCCACUAUCAGACGCCGCCGCGUGCCCCCUUCGGAUCGGCCUUCGAUAUGUUCCAUCACAGCACGCCCUUCGGGGUGGGGGUGGGGGGUAUGCCACAUGGCCAUGGCCAUGGCAGCGGAUCCUUUGGCAGUCCCACCUAUAGAUAUUCUCCCUAUAGCCUGGCGGGCAGUAGAUGGCAGUUGUAGGCCUUUAUUUUGUCG